AAAGAAUGACGACUGAUUUAUCAAUAUCGUUUUAUCACUAUCUUUGUCAAAAAAUCGGCACAGAAGAUAUUGUAAAGAUAAGAAGAUUGAGCUAUGCCAUAUGCGAUUAUGUUUCACGAUUCUCUGGCCGUGAUUCCCUUGCCCUAUUUUGGAGAUUUGUCACUCGGAUAUCUAGUGGUAGUAAAGCAGAAGGUUUAGACAUGAAGAAGAGUGAUCUAGAUAUGAUGCAUGUCUUGGAACUUUUAAACAUUGUUGAAGUUCCCUUGGACAGUUGUGAAUUGUUCUCGUUUCUUAUUACAACUGAAUACACAAAACCUGGAUUUGUUAGACUAAAAAGACUCAACGCAGGAUUACCAAUGUUACCAUUAGACAAAGAUUGGUGCAAGGAGAGAGAUGGUCACGUCUUUCUGUCCAGUGAACUUUUUAAGACCAUGCAAUUUUUAGGAAUAGAAAAAUAUACACAUGUCAUCCUUCAUGGCCCAUGCUUAACAACUGUCAAUGAAAGCCAUGAUCAUGCAAUAUGUCUCAGAUCGAAAGCAUGGAUAGCACAAUCACAGAAGUGGGUGUUUAGAAAUCGUAUUUGGCCUUCAUCUGAAAUGGUUUCACGGAUUGUUAGCUACGGUGUACUAUUUGUACCUAUAGGGAGUAGAGAUUCACUAAAUGAAGAUUUGGAAUGGAGAAUAUCAUUUUCUAUGGCCGAAAAACAUUUGAUCUAUUCAUUCACUCAUACCCAAUUACUAUCCUAUGCAUUGUUAAAAAUUCUCCUAAAAGACAUAAUUGAUUUAAAUGCAUUUUGUAAAGGACUGCUUUGUUCGUAUUUUAUAAAAACAUUGAUGUUCUGGGUUCUUGAAGAAGAAGGUUUAUUAACUAAACCAAAUGAUUUGAUAUGUUUUUUUCAUCUACUUAUAUGCAGGCUUCGUUAUUAUGUUCAAAUCAGCUUUCUUCCGCACUACUUUAUACCCGAAAACAAUUUAUUUGAAAACAGAUUUAACUCAGAACAACAGAAAGUACUGGUAGAUAUGUUGACAGACAUUCAACAAAAAGGAAUUUAUUGUUUUAUCAAUUCAAAGACUGUUUCAGAUUUCUUUGCAACAAACCUUAAAUCGUGGAAUUUGUUGACCGGUUUUGAUUUCAAUUUAAUAACUACUCCGUUAAGUAUUUUAGAAGAAUGGUGGUAUUAUGAUGUGCCUCCAAAUAUACUCGUCGUCUUAUUUAGAAGAUACAAAAUGGUAUCACAUAGAUACCUGUAUACAUUGUUUUGGUGCGCAAUAUGUCAGCAUAUAGGAUAUAAAAAUAUUGGCAUUCAGGAGCAAUCUAAUAAAGGCCAGUAUAAAAGAUACAAAACCUAUUUACCCUGGCUUGUAAUGGGGUUGCAGAAAGAUGCAAUAACUGGAUGGCUCUGUAUGGCAUCUUACCAUUUUUCCAUUGAUAGCUAUAAAACUUGUUUAAACUUAAUUGAUCAUAUUUUACAAAAAUAUGGUUUCAGAGCACCUUCUGAUAUUGAAACGCAUAUUGGGCCCAUCAACAGCCUGGAACUUGAGGCCGUUAAGAAUGGCAUUAUGAACCCACAUGACAUUUGCAGGCGACAUUUUGUAGACGUUCAUGGGUUUAAUGAUAGUAUUAAGGCUAGACCACUGAAACUGAAGCUAGAUAUCUUGGAUAAUUUGUGCAUUGUUACAUCACCACUUAUCUACACACAUUUUCUGCGUUUUAUGUGUUGCUAUCAUCUUCAUGACUCCUGUGGGGUUCAAUUCGCAUUACGUGAAAUACACCGAUUACGUGCAGGUCGCGAAAUCUCUGUUCACUAUUGCUUAGGACUAGCUUAUUAUACUUUAAAGGAAUAUUCCACUGCAUUAUCUUUCCUCAUUCCGUUUUCUGAGUAUUUGAAGUCUAAUCCUAAGGUUAUGUUUUCAGUGUAUGCCGAUAUUAAUAACACGUUAGACAGGGUUAUAACAAAAUUAAAAAAGUUAAUAUCUUAGACUUAAUUUUGUAACAUGUGGAAUGUCCGCCGAAACAGAAGAUUAUAACACUGUCGUAGAACAUUGUCUUAAAUUGAGAAACUCAAAAUAAGAGAUUGGAAGACAAAAGUUAACUGUUUGCAAGAUUAAACUGUUUGGUUUUGAGGACAUGAUUUGCCAUGAUGCAAUGAAUUUCACAAAAGGUUAUAAUGAUGAUAACACUUUACGUUUACAUUUAGAUUAUAAAAGUUUUAUUUGCUUUUAGUAAA